AUUUUCCUCCGUUAUUGUUCUUUCACCUUCUCGCGUCGCCCGUUUUCAUUUUCCACCUCUUAUAAUGGGUCAUCCGUUUAUCCCUUGAUGGCUUCUAUUUUCCACCUCCUUCUCAGAUAGAGAGUUCGAUUGUCAAAGGAGGCAUCUAUGGUCUCAGAAAAAAGGAAGGGAACCACCUUCUCUCCCCCUUGAACAAUGCAGUCAUGGAGAGUGAUAGGGGGAGAGAGAUAGAGAGAGUUCGAAGGAGGAGACAACCCUCUGCGUUCGCGGCGGUGGUCGGAUUUCGCGGCCGUUCUGCGCUCACCAGCAUGAAAGCAAUGGAUCCUAGGGGAUCUUGGGUACUUCCGAUAGCCGAGUGGAUGUUCAAAUAUGGUGGAAAUGACGAUGGCUUCUUGACUUUGUUAUUUCAGGUAUUGUGUUCUAAUUAUCUCACUGCUGCUAGAUGUUUUCGAUCCAAGGAAGUUUUCUCAGACAAAGAGAUCGAUGGUCAAAACAAGGAGAUUUUGGGGUUUAAAUGAGGGGAAAUGAGGAAAUCCCUUCGGCUUCAUGCCCAGAGGCAUUGGACCUGAUAUGUGGCAAAAACUUUUGAUGCGGAUGGAUUCUGCCUUAAAGGGCCACUUUUCAAAAGAUGAUGGAACUGAGUUGGUUCGUAACUUCUAUAUCAGUCUUACAUUAUGUGCUCCAGAACAAUAUUUGCCCCCUUCAUUUUUGCUCCAGAACAAUAUUUGCCUCCUUCACUUGCCACAACAUUGUGUGCUGUAAGACCCGGUGAUUUACUUAUGUUUUGUAUUAUUGAGGGAUAAUAUAAAGUACGAUGUUUUAUUUUCAGUAAGGAGGAAAUACUGAUUAAUUGUUACUAUAACGCUUGUAUAGUAAUUUAUUACGUAAUUAAUUAUUACGUAAAGCGCGAGUAGUCGAUAUGCAUGCAUGCACAUGCAUAAUUUUGGGUAGUGCAUAAUAUAUGCAAAAAGGGAAUUUUCGAGACUCAUAUCUAUUA